CGCUGUGAGGGGGCGGAGCUUCUGUGUGGUGCCUGGAGAAGAGCACACAUCGCACUGUGACCUGACUGACCAGUCCGGACCUGACCUGAACCGCCCCCGCCCCUGACUGCGCCCUGCCAGCAGCAAAAACAGUUUGUAAUAAAGAAUGGCGUUUGCGUCUACUUCAUACAACCGCCCUUAUGACAACUUUGAUGCCAAGAAAUAUUUGGACAGGUUCUAUAGCAUGGACCCUGAAACCCCGGAAAUCUAUAAAGACUUAAAGUUUUUGCUGACGUUUCAUAGUGAUGUAUUUUCUUCAGGUCAUGUGAAAGGUCAUAGCCUCAUCGAGAUUGGUGCUGGUCCCUGCAUACUUUUUGCACUGUCUGCAUGUGAAGUUUUUGAAAAGAUCUAUCUGACUGAUUAUUUACAAGGCAACCUAGAUGAAAUUAAGAAAUGGCUAAAUAGUGAAAAUGAUGCUUUCGAUUGGUCUCCCUACUUAAAAUUUGUGUGUGACCUCGAAAACAAUGGAUCAAUCCCUAGUGGGAAGGAAGAGAAGAUAAGAAGAAUGGUCUCUCUCAUGAAGUCUGAUGUCACCAUGAACAACCCACUUCAUCCCAGUUCCCUGCCUUUAACAGACUGUGUAAUGGUUACCAGUUGCCUUUCGAGUGCUUGCAAAACUUUUGCAGACUUUAAAAUUGUUGUUAAGAAUGUUGUAUCUCUGCUGAAACCAGGAGGACAUCUGAUUCUUAGUGAUUACUUAGGCGCUUCAUAUUACUGGGUAGGAGAGGCAAAGCUUCCACUUUUGGCAAUUGAUGAGCACGUUGUCCGGGAAGCAGUGGUGGAGAGCGGGUGCAAAAUUGAAGAGUUUCAAAUGUUUAAAGAGUUUGAUAUACCAGAGGAGGUAUUUGAUUGUAAAAUUGUUUUCUGUCUUCUUGCCCAUAAACUUUAAGGUACAUGGAAGAAUUCAGGAUGAAAUGUGGUGUCUACUUAGCAGAUUUAUGCGUACCUCAUAGGGAUCCAGAGAUUUCCACAUUCAUUGCAUCAAUUGUUUUGCUAGAUUUAUUUCAGGUUAGCAGCUCAGGGCAUGUUUCCUUUCCAUUGCAGCUCUCCCUGUAACUACUACAUUUUCUAAGAUAAGAUAUGACUGGUGAAAAUUGAAGAUUUAAACUGUGUGACCACCACAGUGAGGUUGACAGGAAAUAAGGAAAAGAACAAACAUCAGGUGGCGCGAUACAGAUACAUUUUAUCGAAUAGCUCAGUGGUUAUACUACGUUUAAUUACAUGGAAUUAUAAAAAUAUUCAGAUGCAGGUGUUUACUUGAAAAAUGUAGAAUAUUUAUCAUGGCAUAACCCC